UAUACGGUCACACUGCUGCCAUGAUUGUGAUAAGGGAGCCAUAAAAAACUGUGCCUAAAAACUUCUGAAACAUGCUGCUUGGCAGCCGAAUCUCCAGUCGAAAUGAGCGAAUCUCUUGAUAAGACCACCAGCCCGAGUUCGGCCAGUUCCAGGGCCACGCCCUCAGGGCCGGAGGAGGCGGAUGCGGAUGAGGGCCACGACGUGAGCGACACCUUCUACACGAGUCAGCGCAAGAAGGGCAGCCACGUAUUCCGGGUUCGCCUGGACGCCACAGGAUUCACCCUGCAACGGGAAUCGCCUACCGGCAGCAUCAUCAAGGAGCAGCAGGUGCGGAUCGGGGACAUAGUGGGUGCCCGGUGUAUGCGUCCCAAGAAAUCGCGACGUUUGGCCAUGUCCGGAGCCUGUGCGUGCAGUUCUGGCAACUCCCCGGCCAUUUCGGCCUCCGGGGAUCACCAUCGCCCGACCACCACGCCCAGUAAGUGCAGUACCAACAGCCGGGAGAAUCUUCCAUUGGAUGGUGGCGAUGUCAGCGCCUUUCUCUACGUAUUUGCCUAUGUCCUGAAAAAGAGGAGCCUCCGCACGGAGUUGCACAGGGAGCGAACAGUGCUCACCCUGCGCUUCAGAUCCUUCGACACCUUCGAGGACAAUAUGAGGGAAGCGGACCGGUGGUAUCGAUCCCUCCGCUGGCAGCUGCACCGCACGCUGGAGGAGAUCUUUGUAGCGCCCACGGCGGAUGAGCGACGUCGGAGGGUUCUGGUACUGCUAAAUCCGAAAUCUGGUUCCGGUGAUGCCCGCGAGGUUUUUAAUAUGCACGUGACACCAGUUCUCAAUGAAGCCGAGGUACCCUACGACCUGUACGUGACCAAACAUUCCAAUUUUGCGAUUGAAUUCAUGAGCACGAGGUGUCUGGACGCCUGGUGCUGCGUGGUGGCCGUCGGUGGAGAUGGCCUCUUCCACGAGAUAGUCAAUGGACUCCUGCAGCGCCAGGAUUGGGCCCACGUCCUGCCCCAUCUGGCACUCGGCAUCAUUCCCUGCGGUUCUGGAAAUGGACUGGCCAGGUCUAUAGCGCAUUGCUACAAUGAACCGUACUUCAGCAAACCAGUGCUAGGAGCUGCACUCACCGUAAUCAGUGGACGCAGUUCUCCGAUGGAUGUGGUUCGCGUGCAGCUUCAGAAUCGCUCCCUCUACUCCUUCCUGUCCAUCGGCUGGGGUCUGAUCUCGGACGUGGACAUCGAGAGCGAGCGCAUCCGGCUGCUUGGCUACCAGCGUUUCACCAUCUGGACACUGUACCGUCUGGUGAAUCUGCGCACCUACAACGGCCGGAUCAGCUAUUUGCCGACGGAGCAGCAGGACUCCUCGACACAGAGCCACUCCGGCUAUGCUGGCCAGCGGAGGAUGCAGGGCAGCCGGAGCUGCAACACACACAUCGACAUGCUGACAGGGCCGGCACCCAGCUAUCAUUCCAGUGCCGAGUAUCUGCCGCAGGAGUUUGCGGACGUUAUAUCCCUGGAGACGUCCAUCAAUCAGUCGUUCCGCUCCAGAUGCGACAGCUGGCUGUCCGGAGGAUCGCGACGCAGCUUCUACUAUUCCAUAUCGGAGAGCAUCUACCACAGUCUGGCGGAUGAGAGUGAAUUCACUGGAUUGGCGACCGCCUCGCUGGAGAACAGGCAGCUGAAUUACGGGCCGACGAGCGAACUGCCUGAUCUGGCCGAUCCCCUGCCCGAGAAUCAGGGCUGGAUGGUGGAGGAGGGCGAGUUCGUGAUGAUGCACGCCGUCUAUCAGACGCAUCUGGGCAUCGACUGCCAUUUUGCGCCCAAGGCCCAGCUGAACGACGGCACCAUUUACCUGAUCCUCAUACGCGCCGGCAUCAGUCGGCCGCACCUGCUGAGCUUCCUCUAUAAUAUGAGCUCGGGCACCCACCUGCCGGAGGUGAACAACGAAUACGUGAAGGUGCUGCCAGUGAAGGCAUUCCGCCUGGAGCCACACGACAAUCACGGCAUCAUCACGGUCGACGGGGAAAGGGUCGAGUUUGGACCCCUCCAAGCGGAGGUCCUGCCGGGCAUAGCCCGCGUCAUGGUGCCCAAGUAGGAGGAGGACGAAGAAAUGGGCCCGAGAGGCUGAAGACCAUCAAGCAAUAGAAAUCUCAAUUUAGGAAUCUCUGCAUUUGUAGCUAAUACUUAGGGCCAAAAAUGGCUGAGUUGAGAGAGUUGUGCAUUCUGCGAAUUUUGUAUUCUUUUGUGGCUUGCUUAUGCCAACCAAUCAUGUAUUGUUAACCUUUUUUUUAUAAUUACUGCAGUUAUUUACGAAAUAUAAAACUGUAUAUAAAUAUGCCA